AUGUCGCGGGGUUCGCCGAGGCGAAGCCUCGCACACGCCGUGACUUAUCCAUCCGUCGAGUGCAAGAGGAGGAAGAAGAGGAGCUACGACAGUGCGAUCCUGUUAAUCACGGCUUGCUUGCUCACGUUCAACGCACCGUUGAUCGGCGCGAAAAGUAUUCAGACGUUGGACGACGACGACGGCGGCGGCGGCAAAGCGGAUCGCUGUCCGGUCGAGUGCUCCUGCCUCGGCAACCUGGUCGCCUGCAGCGAACUGCAGCUGGUUGAGGCACCCAGCGGACUGCCACCAUGGACCGAGAUCUUGGAAUUGAAGGGCAACAAUAUUGCUAACUUGGAAUUCGAUUCGUUGCUUCAUUUAACAAAACUCAAAGAAUUAGAUAUAAGUGCUAAUAAACUCGAAGACAACUUUACCAUUGCCUUGUCGGAUGUCGCAUUACUGCGCGAGCUUAAAGUGAACAGAAAUCACUUGACACAAGUGCCAGAUCUUGUAUUUGUUAAGAAUAUUACUCACCUUACGCUAUCUCAUAACUUAAUUACCGAUAUAAAUGGGACUGCAUUGCUCAGUUUACAACAACUUCAAAACCUGGAUCUUAGUGGAAAUAAAAUAAGUGUCCUUCAAAGAGGAUCUUUCCUUGCUCCUAAUAAACUUACGCAUCUUAAUUUAAACGCGAACAACAUAAAAUUUAUUGAAAAUGGAACUUUCGAUAAUUUAACUGAUCUGGUGGAACUUCGUCUGAACAAGAACAACCUGACACAGGUGAAGGAUAUGUUCACGAGUUUGGGGAAGCUACGAAUACUGGAGAUAAACAAAAACGAUCUGCAACAAAUUCACGGAUUGAGCCUUAAGAGUCUAAAUAGCCUGGAGGAAUUACGAUUAAAGAGGAACCGAAUCAGCGUGUUGGACGACGGGGCCUUUUGGCCGCUGAAAAAUCUAGUUUCGCUACAGCUCGACUUCAAUAUGCUAACUACUAUUAGCAAAGGCGGUUUAUUCGGAUUGGAAUAUCUGAAGAAGCUCACCCUGUCGCACAAUCAUAUCUCGACGAUCGAGAUGCAAGCGUGGGAAAUAUGCAGGCAAAUAACGGAGUUGGACUUAUCGCAUAAUGAACUGACUUCUAUCGAACGGGAAUCAUUCGAAUAUCUCACAAAGCUGGAGAGGCUUAAGCUGGAUCACAAUCAGAUCGCAUACAUCUCAGAUGGAGCGUUCAAUUACACGACAAACCUGCGCAUUCUGGAACUCAAUUCGAAUAAGGUGUCUUACAUGGUGGAGGAUAUUAAUGGCGCGUUCUCUUCCCUCAGCCAGUUAUGGAAACUGAGCUUGGCUUACAAUAAAGUGAAGUCCAUAAAUCAAAACGCCUUCACCGGUUUGAUUAGCCUCGCGGAACUCAAUUUGAUAGGAAACAACGUUACGACCAUUCAAGAAAACGCAUUUCUCCCAAUGCCUAAUCUGAACAAACUCAAGAUGAACACUCGAGCGUUGGUCUGCGACUGCGGGCUUCAGUGGUUGAGCAUGUGGUUGCGAGAGCAUCAUUACAGCGGGGCUGAGGUGUACUGCGGCUAUCCACAUUGGCUACAGGGAAUGUCGUUAACAUUACUGCAUCAUGCUAACUUCACUUGUGACGAGUAUCCGAAGCCACGGAUCAUCGAAGAGCCCGUGAGCCAAAUAAGCAUCAAAGGGGACAACGUGACGUUGGUUUGUCGCGCUACCAGUACCGCCGUCGCGCCGCUUCAUUUCACGUGGAAGCACGACAACGUGGAGUUGGACAGCGCGAUUCUGCAUACUAACAGCGGUUCUUCCGCGAGCGGAGUAACUGAGACGUCAUCCGUUUUGCAACUGAUUAAUGUGACUCAUGCCAAUCAGGGAAAGUAUCAGUGUAUGGUGACGAACAAUUAUGGCACCACAUACUCUGCCAAAGCCACUUUAAGCGUGUUAGUUUAUCCGUCAUUCUCCAAAAUACCACACGACAUACGGGUGAUUGCUGGAAAGACCGCGCGCUUGGAGUGCUCUGCCAAGGGACAGCCAUCUCCGCAGAUAGCCUGGCAGAAGGAUGGCGGGAACGAUUUUCCAGCAGCGAGGGAGAGACGGAUGCACAUGAUGCCGACGGACGACGUGCUAUUCAUAGUGGACGUGAAAAUGGCCGACAGCGGCGUCUACUCGUGCACCGCGCAAAACUUAGCUGGCCUCAUCAUUGCGAAUGCCACUCUUACGAUACUAGAAAAACCAUCGUUUGUGAAACCAAUGGAGAACAAGGAGAUAAUGGUCGGCGACUCGAUCGUACUUGAAUGCAUGGCGAGCGGCUCGCCGCGGCCGAAAUUGACCUGGCGGAAGAACGACAGCCCGUUGCAAGCGACCGAGCGGCAUUUCUUCACUGCCAUGGAUCAGUUGUUGAUAAUAGUCAACACUAUAGCAAGUGAUGCGGGUAGUUACGAGUGCGAGAUGAGCAACUCGUUGGGCAGCGUCGUCGGUGCGUCGCAUCUGACGGUCAAUCCAGCUCCGGCUUCGAUGGUGAACGAGGACGACAUACUGAGCCUGAUAAUAAUAACUGUGGUGUGCUGCGCCGUCGGCACGUCUGUGAUCUGGGUGGUCAUCAUCUACCAGACCAGACGACGGCUGAACUCUACGCAGAACACUACGACGCAGCCGACCACUACCACCGUCAUCCUGACCGUACCGGACGCACAGACACAACUGUACCUAGAUACGAGCUCGCAGCACAGCAAAGAUAGCGGCACCGGAGACAGCACCAAUCCCAGCAACGACCAGUUGCAACUUUGCUUACCCGAGGAGAUUGCGACGAGUUCCGCCAACAACGAGGAAGAAAUGGGAACCAUAAAUGUCGAUGAUCCCCUUCUACGUUACACAAAUCACGAGCGACAUGAGAACGAGAACGCUGAUUCCGCGGUUUAACAAACGGAAACGUUGGGCCAACGCAAUUAGUGCGAGCGAGAUGAGCCAACGUACGUACGUUUCUCUUCGCGAACGGUGAAAAGUGCUGAAGAGGAUUCUCUUCGUGAGCAGAAAGGGAGAGAGGAAGGAAGGAAGAAAGAAAGAAAGAAAGAGUAUUUCGACAAAUGACUAGUGUCCUUAACAUAAGAUAAAUAUUCUGCAAGUCGUGUAAAAAUUAACAAGACGUAGUAAUAGUAUUAAGGAGCAAGGACUCACGGUCCCGAAAACAAGCUCGAUCGACGGACGUUGAUCCGUGCAACGCGCGAAAUACACUCGCGAACUCACUCGACGACACAUCGACCAGAUAUUGUCUACGCGAGUCCGGAUCUGCGAGAUGUUAACGGUACGUAAAAGAAGGGAAAAAAAAGUAGCGACGGGGCUGAGGAAUUCGAACGUCACUACGCAGUGCAAGUACAACGGAAAUGAUAAGAGCGAUAAACGAAACUCACACUUACACGUCAUCGUAUUUAUGUCUAUGCGACUCAAGCCGACACACGAUAGCGGCGGACGAGUCUGAUGAGAUGAUAAAACAUGUAAAUAAUUUAGACCUUUAGAUUCUACCGUAACUAUUAGUAUUAUUAUUAGAGCGCGUUGGCGUGCGUUCGGCGAACGCGCUACGUUCCUGAGCGCAGCGACCGCGAGAGAACAUCACUAUGAAGCGCAAAAGCCACCUAUAUUAGACCAGCCUUUUGUGAUAGAUAUUUAUUCUAGGGUUACUACACCGCGUAAAGAGUUAGGCGGCUAUUUAUAACAACUGCAUACACGCAAAGAAAAAGGAAAGGAACUAAUGCGUCAUUUUAUCCUGGGAAACGAUUGUAACCAACAAGCGGAUGUGUAUCUGUACACCAAAGCGUUGAUUUUAGAUACUUGGUCUUCCCUAUCGUUUCUUUUGUUUUCACUUCUUAUCUUUUAUCUCCCCUUGCUCCCCCGCCAAGCGCGAAUACGACCUCGUGCGAAUGCACGCCGACUUGUUUGGCUUCAUCCGAGUUCGCCGAUCAAAAUGUUGCUCAUUACAUUACGACAGACGUGCGUUGUGUUCUGAACACGCGGUCGUUUUGUUUCAUAGCCACUCUCGUUAGUAUUUUAUUUACUACUUUAAGUCGAGACGCGAUUCUGCAAAUCUUCCACGUGUGCUGCGCGCAUACACUGGUUUUCGAGGUAGUUUAAACAUUUUUUCUCGAUGUAACUUGGAACACAGCCCAAGGUCCAAUGAGAGAAUAUAACUUCUGGGGAUUAAUCAAAAACAAAUUUUCUCAUUGGACCAUCGGCUACGUUUCACAACGCGUUGUGGAGAAAAAUGUUCAAAUCGUUUUGAAAACAAGUGUACACAGUUAUUUUCAGGAAACUUUUAUUUUUAAUAGCGCUCAAAACGAGGUAUCGUUGUCCUUCAAUAUUGUAUUAAAAGAUGUAAGAAUUUGUUUCCGUUUUUACGUACACAUUCUACCGAAAUUUUUAUACGGGUGAGAGACUCUUAGCAACUUAGACUGAGGCCUCUGUUUUAUACGAUGACACGUAACUUAUAUAUCCUGCGAAAUAUAUACUUCGCAACCGCAUGCCUUUUCUCCGACACGGACGAAAAUUAUUUCUGGAGAAUUUACGCGCCGUUUUACCAGUAAAUCGAGCGUAUAUCGACGCGUCGCUAUUACGAAAUAACGUUUAGACUAACUCUCUUAUAUGUAAUAUAGUGUUCGUGUUAGUUUCUAUACUCGUAUGGAUUACUGAUUAAUUCGACAUACACGCGUUUCUUGAGCUCGCAAAUCUUAAGGCUGCCUCACUUAAGAAAAAGGGGUGACAGAGAGGAAGGAAGAGGGGAAAACGCUAUUCGAUGAAAAAAUGUUCGAACAAUAAUGUGAAAUGGUGAUUGCCGAAAGUAUGAAAUCUAAACGAAAGUCUUUAAACGAAAGUCCACUGUACCAGGCGGAUAUUAUUAUCGGGAAUAAACCUCUUUCGCGAUAUAUAAUCUAUAUUUUUCUAUGACUUAUAUAUUGCAAAAAAUUUGAAUCGCAUAAAAAAUUCGCACAAGACGAAGAGCCAGUACUACUAUUAUCUUACUACUUACCUACUUAAUUAAUCGUAGAUCGCGAUUCCUUCCACGAGUUUCAACUCGUCCGAUAACGAAUGUCUGAGACGCGCUUGUCGCGUGUGUAUGUGCGACAGAGAGAAAGAGAGAGAGAGAGAGAGAGAGAGAGAAAGUAUAAAAUUCGAUAAGUAUUGUAUAAAAUAAAUAGUCCGUAAUAUUCUCCACUGUUAUAUUUGUGUAACGUCUGUACGUACUCGUAAAAUGUAAUAUGUUUAAAGAAAUCGUGCAAACGAGUGGAGAACCCGAGGAUACAUUUCGUUUAGAUAGUAACGUAGUCGAGUUUUUUCCCCGCUAAUAAACGAGUAUUAAAUUGUAUAGUCAACCAAAUAGAUGCUCUAUAUAUUGCGACAUGGUUUUCUGGCUUGCGCCCGUGUGAUACACCAAAUAAGGCAUCUGUUUCUCAUUCAGUAUUUUUCCUUGUUGUUAUAUAUAGUAUUGUGUACAAAUACAAAUAAUCAUCUACAAGUAUAUAUCA